UGGGCACCAAACACUCUUGCGCCCACUUGGACCAAACCCAGUUUCCCCGACAGUAAAAUGACGUCGUUUUAUACGACGACCAUCCCUGACGAGUGGGUCUCUGCCACGUGUCAAAAGCACAGGCAGUGAUGAAAAUGUUCAGCACAAAUCUUGGACGGCAUGGCCAUGAAGGGCGAAGUUAGAUAUUGAAAUUAUGGUAGGGGUUGCUGGACCGACAGGUGAGCGUCGCCCAGUUAUAACCACGGGAAAAUUAAAAAUAAAAAAAAAAAAAAAAAAACUCGUCGCUAUAAACCCACAUCGCCUGCGGUUACAGUGAAGCACUGAGCGCAGGGCAGAGAAAACAAACAAUGGAAGUUCAGAGAGUACAAGCGCUCGCCUACGGUGAACUCAGCCAGCUGCCGGCUCGGUUCGUCCGGCCGGCUCACGAGCGCCCGGAGAACAGCCGCGCGGUGGAAGGUGUGGCGGUGCCGGUGAUCUCGCUGUCGCCUGAUCGGCCGCACGAAUUGGUCGUCGACGAAGUGUCGAAGGCUUGCAGAGAGUGGGGAUUUUUCCUGAUUACGGAUCACGGGAUGCCGCCGUCGUUGAUCCAGCGGCUGCAAGGGGUCGGAGAGGAGUUCUUCCGGCUGCCGCCGGAGGAGAAGGAGAAAUACGCGAACGAUCCGUCGACGGGGAAGUUCGAAGGGUACGGGACGAAGAUGACGAAGAACCUGGAGGAGAAGCUGGAAUGGAUUGAUUACUUCUUUCAUCUAAUGUCACCGCCUUCUAAAGUGAACCAUGAGACAUGGCCCAAGAACCCUCCUUCCUAUAGGGGAGUGACGGAAGAAUACAACAAGGAGAUACUCAGAGUGACAUACAAGCUACUGGAGCUGAUGUCGGAGGGGCUUGGGCUGGAAGGCAAGGUGCUGGAGUCGCAGUUGGGCGGCAAAGACAUAGAAGUGGAAAUGAAAAUAAAUAUGUAUCCGCCGUGCCCGCAGCCGGAGCUGGCGCUGGGGGUGGAGCCCCACACCGACAUGUCCGCCCUCACCAUCCUCGUCUCCAACGACGUCCCCGGCCUCCAAGUUUUCAGAGACGACAACUGGGUGUCGGUCCACUAUCUCCCCGACGCCCUCUUUGUCCACGUCGGUGAUCAGAUUGAGGUAUUGAGCAACGGCAAGUACAAGAGCGUGCUGCAUAGGAGUUUGGUGAACAAGGAGAGGAUGAGAAUGUCGUGGGCUGUGUUCUGCACGCCGCCUCACGAGGCGUUGAUAGGCCCUCUGCCGGAGCUGGUGGAUGAUGAGAAUCCCGUCAAGUACUCCACCAAAACUUAUGCCGAGUACCGCCACCGCAAAUUCAAUAAGCUCCCCCAAUAGAUCUCCAUGAUUAAUAUUGGAGCAUUGGAGCAAGCUAGCUAGCAUGGCUAUUACACUUAAUUAAUAAUUAAAGCCAGGAGAUCAAUGAGAGUUUGCAGAUUCAUUGCUUUGGCCUUUAAUGUACGUGAUUUUCGAUCAAGUUCAUUUGUGCUGUCUGUCCAUCUAUCUAUUUGAUUCUUCAAUUCAGAAAUGGAAAAAAUAACAUUGAAAAUUUGAUUAUUGAA